AUGGUGCCGAGCAAACGACCAUUAGUAUUGUGCUUUGCUGGACCAUCUGGUCACGGUAAGACUGAGCUGGCUCGACGUCUCGGAUAUCUACUAUCACACGAGCUUGAGGUGGUCGAUUGUACCAUCUAUAACCGAGAGAUGGAACUCUUUGGCGCCCGCGCUCCAUAUGUUGGCUCUGAGAAUGGUUCGCAACUCAACAACUUUCUCGCCAGGAAUUCCGGUCAACGAUGUAUUGUCUUCCUAGACGAGUUUGACAAGACAUCAUCAGAGAUCCAUCAGACUCUGCUCCUCCCCUUUGACAAAGUGGAGUUCUGUAAACAGAAUGACGCAAUAUUUGACAACGAUAAGGCCGACAAGGAAAAACUCGUGAAGAAGCUCUCUGGCGAGAUCAAGGAGAGAUCAGUUGCAAUCUUCGGUGCCCCAAUCACGGGUCGUAUUUCGGAAUUUAUUCCCUUCUUGCCUUUUACUAAAGGCGAGCAAGCCGUGAUUGUUCACAAGUUCCUUCUGGAGCUAGGACAUAAAGUCAGGACACCUAUCAGUCUCCGGCCAGGCCCGAAGGAACAGCUUCUAGGAAAUGUCCGUCUGCGCAUUCGCCGGGAUGCAUCAGUCUGCAAGCUCUUAGCAGAAGCCGGAUACCACAUUGACCUUGGUGCUCGUAGUUUGAUCACCGCAGUCAAGACUGUGGAGGAUAUGCUCGUUGAUGUCUAUCUAGACGAGAAUGAGGAGAUUGCUGAGAAUGAUGGGAAGAUUAAUGACUUUGUUGUUGAUGUAAAUGGAGGUGAGGUGGUGGGGAGGAUUGUACCUGUUGCAGCAUGA